AUGAAGUUCGCCCUCGCCCUCGCCCUCGCCCUCAACGCCCUCUGCUCCGUGGCCACCGCUGACAUCUCCGCUGGCCGCGGGACCUUCUGGCCCUCCCUCUCCACUGCCUUCAGCCGUUUACAGUCCAUUGACCGGUGCGCCAGGCACUGCUUCGUGGACUCCUUCAAGAAGAACGGCUGUGAGAGCGCAGAUGAAAAGACUAUGAUCAUAUGCGGCUGCCCCAAGAUCGACCAGGUCAAGUCCGACGCCACCCGGUGCGCUCUUGCGGGCUGCGGGUUGCCGAAAUUCAUGAGCAACGUCAUGCCGCAAAUCGAGAAAAUUUGCCGUCACUACGCCAAUAAAGAUGCGUAG